GCCAUUCAUCUCUUCACUCGGGCGUUGGACUCCGCAUCUUAUUAGCAACAAGGGAAAUUUCUCCAUUUUGCAGCCUGUCUGCAGCGACACGGCCACCAAGCUGGGAUUUUAUUACUUCUCCCUACCUGUCGGCUUUUUCCUGCUAUUCUGAAAAUCGCCUCUCAACUGGACUUUUCGUUUCCCGCAGUGAACUUUUUCCUCUUUGUGCAGAGAGAGAGAGAGAGAGAGAGAGAGAGAGACAGCAGUGGAGAGCUCUGCGUUUCAACAAAGAGGUUGUGGGGUCUUUGUUCGCUUUUCUUUCCGUGUGUGUGUGUGUGUGGAUCCGGUGGGUUCUUUGUCGGAGCUUAAAGCAUGGGAGCACAACUGUCCAGGACGGCUGUGAAGGCUGAGGCUGUGGAGAAGCCCGGAGAGGCUGCUGCUUCUCCCACCAAGACCAACGGACAGGAAAACGGUCAUGUUAAAGCCAACGGGGAUGCCUCCCCCGCGGCAGCCGAGAACGGCAAAGAGGAGGUGCAGGCCAACGGCAGCGCUGCGGCCGAGGAGAGCCCCAAGGAGGAGGCCGACAAGGCGGAGUGCCCCGCUGAGAAGGAGGCUGCUGAUGGGGAGACGGUAGAAGCUGCAUCCCCUGCUCCUGCUGAGGGGGAGGCAAAGGCAGAUGAUGCUGCCGCCCCGUCCACCAGCAGCGAGACCCCUAAGAAGAAGAAGAAGCGAUUCUCCUUCAAGAAGUCAUUCAAGCUCAGCGGCUUCUCUUUCAAGAAGACCAAAAAGGAGACGGGUGACGGAGCAGAGGGCGAGGAGGCGGCUGCUGCUGCUGAUGCUGGGCCAUCCACAGAGGAGGCCAAGGCUGAGGGCACGGAGGACGCCAAGGCUGCCAGCGAGGAGGCCAAGCCUGCUGAGGGGGAGGCCGCACCUGCCGCCGAGCCCGCCAAGGAGGAGGUAGAAGUCAAGCCGGAGGAGGUGGCAGAGAAGCCCGCGGAGGAGGCCAAGGAGGCCGUGCCCGCUGAGGAGCCUAAGGCCGAGGAACCUAAGGCGGAGGAGAAGCCGGCCGAGGAGGCGCCCAAGACAGAGGAGGCCGCCCCGGCCUCGCAGGAGGCUGCAUCAGCGGAGGCCCCUGCCGCAGCCGCCGAGGCUGCCGAAUAAGUUUCGUGGGGGAAAGAGGGGAAGAAUUUGAAAAGAAAAAAAAUGAAAAAAAAGAAAGAUAAUCAAAGAACAUUUCCCUGUUUGUAUGUUGGAGUGACGCCAGGUCCUGGCUUUGAAGAACUUGUCAACAACCAGGGAUAUUUUAAAGCUUUUCUUUAUUUUUUGAUUAUUUUUUGGUUUCCAUCCCCCCCCCCCCCUCCCCCUUUUACACAAAACCCAUCUCAGUCCCUUGUUACUUCCAUUCCAACGGGCUGUAGGGAGGUGGGUGGCUUCAAAAUGUACAACAGAUUAAAUACAUCCACACUCUGCCAUAUAUUUUUUCAUCAGUAUUACAUUUUCUUUUUUUUUUUUUUUUGAAUUUUUAUACAAAAUGUAAACAAAUGGUAUGGACAUGCCCAUGGUAUGA